AUGCGGAUGUUGAAACGGGCUUCUGAUGCGUUGAAAGACGCAAGCAGUCUUUUCAUCGCAAAUUGGACUCCCAGAUCAGCAUAUCGAAAUCCUGACAUUGAGGCUUGUGUCAUAAAAGCCACCAGCCAUAAUGGUUCUCGUAUUGAUUACAACAGCGCCCAACGCAUAUUUGCAUGGAUUCGUGUUUCCAGCCAUUACAUCCAUCCAGUAUUAUCUGCCCUUUCCACUAGAAUGGAAAGGACUCAUAAUUGGACAGUGGCCUUGAAAGGUCUCAUGCUUUUGCAUGGGAUCUUUAGUUGCAAAGUCCCUGCCAUUCAGCGGAUUGGCCAAUUACCGUUUGAUCUCUCAAAUUUCAAAGACCGAAAUCCUAAUUUAUGUCAUCAUGAAGCGUUCAUCCGUGCUUACUACACAUAUCUCAACAAAAAAUCAUCUCUAAUGUUCCAACAAGAACCAAAGACAGGAAGUCUUAGAAAAGGAAGCAAAGAAAAACCGAGACAACCAUCCACGAUGCAAGAUCUUGUUAUGUUGGAGAAUCUUCAGGGUUUGCUAGAUACAUUGCUGGAUAUCAAGCCGCUAAAAGAAAAGAUGGCAAAUGUCUUGGUUCUUGAAGCAAUGGAUUGCAUUGUAAUCGAGAUAUUUGAUAUCUACAGUCGAAUCUGUAACGGAAUAGCAGCAGUUCUCGUGAGGUUAUAUGCUGUUGGAAAAGAUGAAGCUGUAAAGGCGUUUUCGAUUUUGCAAAAAGCAGCUGCUCAGGCCGAGGUUUUGUCUCGAUAUAUAGAAUUUUGCAGGGACUUUGGAGUCACCAAAGCAUCAGAGAGCCCCAAAAUCGUGCACAUCCGCAAAGAGGAUAUCCAAGCACUAAAGAACAUAAUAGAUAAGGUUUCAAACCAACAAAAGAUUGAAGAAUUGAUUCCAAGAGAAGAGGACAAAGCCAUGAUCCUCCAGGAGGACAUCAAGGAAACCGAUUUAAUGAAUGGUGUUACCUGAAAUGUUUUGAUUAUGCGCGAGGAUGAACUGCUUUACUGAAUCUCAAUGUUGAACAUAAACCGUGUGCUAAAUCUCAUU